UCUGCCUGCGCUUCUCAUCUCAGCGUUGUGGAAACUGAAUGCAGAAUUAGAAGCAAAAAGAGAAAAACUGAUGCGUCAGACUGAAGAAGUAAUGAAGAGCCAACAAGAGACACUAUCUAGACCAAUUUCAGUACAAACUAAGUACUGUGAAGAUGACAAACAGAGAGAUCCACUCUUUCUUAAAGUUUCAUCUCUUACACACUCUCACACCAAGCCAUCAAACAAAAAGAAAUGUGCUUCUGCAUCCAUGGUUCAGAACAGAACGUAUUCUGGAAAUAAAGGGAAAAGAAUAACUUCAAGUUCAGAAAUCAAUCUGGAAACACAAAAUGCUGAUGGUGUUGCCAUGUUGGAGGAUUGCAGUGGUUUUUCUUUAGCAAAAACAGCGAGUGAAAUUGAAGGAAAAGUAGAGAAAAGAGGUUUGCCAGAUUGUCUGGAUGAUGAUAUUAUUCCAAACACUGCAAGUGAAAUUGGAGCAGAAGCACAAAUCAGGUUUCUUAAGGCAAAGCUACACGUUAUGCAGGAAGAGCUGGAUAGCAUCAUGUGUGAAAGCAGGAGAAAGGAUGAUGAAAAUCAGAAUUUAAAAUCUCAGCUUAAAGAUACUGAAGAAGAAAGGACGAGACUGCAACGAAAGAUCAGCAUGCAGCAGUCUCAGACUGAGAAAUACAAGAUGUUAUCUCAAGAAGCAAGCAAAAAAUGCGAAGGAUUACAGCAAGAGGUUGUUGCACUGGAAAAGGAAUUAGAGAACUUAAAGCGUGUACAAAAACAAGCUGCAAGCAGUCAGAGUGCAACAGAGGUUCGCUUAAAUAGGGCCCUGGAAGAAGCAGAAAGGUAUAAAGCAGAGCUGAAUAAACUGAAGCAAAGUUACAAGGAUGUAACUAACCAAGAACUCAAAACAAUUGAAGAAUUAAAAGCAGAAAACAAGAAACUGCAGAAACAAAAAGGAGAACUAAUAACUGGUUUUAAAAAGCAGCUGAAGUUAAUUGAUAUUUUAAAGAGACAAAAGAUGCACAUUGAAGCUGCUAGGAUGCUUUCUUUUACUGAAGAGGAAUUCAUGAAAGCUCUUGAGUGGGGAAACGAUUGAUUCAAACUUGUUUGAAAUACAAAACAGACGCCUGAUAGGUUGCUUUGGAAUGUCAUGUGCAAUACAGAUUUCCUGUGGAGUUCCAAGCCCAGCUGUCUGUUCUGUAAGGAGCCAAGGGGCACAGAGAGCAGGUGAACUUUGUUAUCUGUUCUUCUGUUUUAGUAUUCAAAACUGUUAAAUAAAGUAACAUUCAGUCUAAAGAGAAGCCAGAGUGACUAUAAUGUGAUACAGCUUAUUGUUUAAAAGUUCCUACUUUAUUUAGUCAAGGAAAAAAAAAAUAUAUAUAUAAAUAUUUAUAUAUUUCUGUGGUCAUUAGAUACUGGUAAUGGAUACAGUCAGCAGCGAU